AUGCACAUGGUCACAUUCAAUGAUGACGACAACCUUGAAGAUGUGCUGGAACGCGCUAGGAACCAAAGAUCGAUGCUAACAGAAUUCUUCAGAAUGAACAGUGAAGAUCCAAAUGCUCGAAGAUACUUAUACAGGGAAUUUUCAGAACAUUAUACAUGGAAUAAGUCCAAAAAAGUUUGGUCUACUAGAAAAAGAAGUUACCAGAUUGGAAGGUUGGUGUAUGCGUACCCGUCUGAGGGUGAAAGAUUCUAUCUUCAAGUUCUUCUAAACCAUGUUCGAGGUCCAGCAUCAUUCAUAUCAAUCAGAACAGUUCGUGGUGUGGUGAGUCCUAUUUUUAGAGAAUGCUGUGAGAAACUUGGUCUUGUUGAAACAGAUAGGUCACUCGACAAUGCACUUAGCGAAGCAAUAGUUUUUCAGAUGCCAUGUGCUCUCAGAAGAAUGUUUGCCACUAUUAUGGUUUUCUGCGAGUACACAAACAUUCGUACCCUCUGGGAUAAAUAUUUUGAAUCAAUGGUUGAGGACUAUGUGCAUGUUCAUGGAAAUUCUUCAUGUGUUGAACAAUUUGUCCUUAGGGACAUCGCGGAUAUUCUCUCCUCGAUGGGUAAAGACAUUAGAAAAUAUAUUACCAGACUGAAACUAACUGAGGAGAGAAAAAUUAUUGUAUCUGAUGAAGAUAUUAAAUUAGCUGAGUCUCUCAAUACUGAGCAAAUGGAAGGUUUUAACGAAAUUUUUGAUCAUGUCAUCAGAAAUAAAGGGAAAGUUUUCUUUAUGGAUGGUCCUGGUGGGACCGGAAAGACAUAUCUUUACAUGGCUCUUUUGGCCAGAGUUCGAUCUACGGACCGCAUCACAGUGGCUACAGCUACAUCUGGUAUUGCAGUAUCCAUCAUGCCUGGUGGUCGUACAGCUCAUUCGAGGUUCAAAAUUCCCAUAAAACUUCAAGAUAAUUCUGUUUGCAACUUUACCAAACAAAGUGGUACUGCAACACUAUUGUGUGAGGCGUCUUUAAUUAUAUGGGAUGAGGUGGCGAUGACACGAAGUCAGGCUGUGGAAACACUUGACAGAUCGUUACGGGAUAUUACAGGAUGUGAUUUACCGUUUGGUGGUAAAGUAAUGGUAUUUGGAGGGGAUUUCAGACAAGUUCUACCUAUUGUUCCUAGAGAAAAGAUCUUCCCAAAUGAUUAUGUGGAUCUGCCAGAUGACAUUAUGCUUGAGUAUAAUGAUGAUCAGUCUAUUGAUACUCUCAUCGAUCAUGUGUUUCCUGAUCUAGCUAACAACUGCACCUCCGUCAGUUACAUGCGCGAGCGUGCUAUCUUGUCAACAAGAAAUGAGUAUGUUGAUAGCCUCAACGCAAUGAUGAUUGGAAAGUUUCCUAGAGAAGAAAAGGUUUACUACAGUCAUGAUUCUGUAGAUGAUGAAUCAACUAAUAACUAUCCUCUUGAUUUUUUGAACUCAAUUACUCCAAAUGGUCUUCCUCUGCAUGAACUUAAAAUUAAGAAGAACUGUCAUGCUGGAAAUUGA